UUCCAUUCAGCUAGUAAAUAUUUACAUGAGCAGAACUGAGAACUCCAGGAGUUGUCUUUCAGCAAUAAAAUAAUUAUACAGCAGUAUUUUCUACCUUCCAUUUUAUGUAACAAUGUCAAUAAAUUCUGUUCAUCAGUUGAAUAAUGAGAUAUGUGCUCAAGAAAUUUUGGUUGAAUCACAAGAUGGAGAACAAUAUUUGGUAAAUUUAGAUGGUGAAGAAUACUAUGAAAAUCAAGUGUCAAACUGUGAGGAAUCAACUCUUAUGCAUGAUGACAACUCUGAAGAAAGUUACAGUUUAACUAAACAUAGCUGGACACCAACUUCAGUUGAGAAACAGCAACUAAGAAAUCAAGGACAGCCUUGGAAGCAAGGAGUUUGGAGCAAAGAAGAAACUGUACAAUUGAAACAAAACAUAUUAGAUUACUGUGAUACUUUUUCAAUAAAAGACCCAUGUGAAAUUAUUUUUGAAUCUGGGAAAGAGAAACGAAAAAACUUCUACAAGACCAUUGCAGAUGGGAUCAACCGACCGUUGUUUGCGGUUUAUCGAAGAGUGGUGAGGAUGUAUGAUUCAAAGAAUCAUAUAGGCAAAUACAGUGCAGAGGAACUAAAAAAGUUACAAGAACUAAGAAAAGAAUACGGAAAUGAUUGGCAGAAAAUAGGGUUAAUUAUGGGCCGUUCUGCAGCGUCAAUCAAAGAUAGGUGCCGUCAUCUAAAAGAAGAUUGCAAUGCUGGGCCGUGGGUACCAGAGGAAGAAGAUCUUUUGUUUGAAGCUGUCUUUGGCUUUACACAGUGUUUACCUGGAGAAAACUCAGUAGCUGGUAUACCUUGGAUUCAAAUCGCUCAUCGUGUUGGAAGUCGCAGCGAACGACAGUGUCGGAAAAAGUGGCUUAGCUAUUCCAAUGUGAAACGAAUUGGGGCAGUAGAGUGGAAUGAUGCCGACGAACUUUAUUUAAUAAGAAGAUUAUCUAAAAUCGACAGCGAUAAAGAUAUUGCUUGGGCCGAACUGACUCAAAAAUGGCCCCGCUCAUCCGUCCGAUCUCACCAGUGGUUAAGAGCCAAAUGGAAAAGACUGAAGAGCACUGUGACAAGUAGUGAAGACUUAAGUCUGAAAGAAAUUUGUCAUCAAUUACUGAUGACUCGUAACAAUAAUGUUAUUGGAAGGUCGGUUGCAACCGACGUAAACACCGAAAAUUGCCAUUCCAAUAGUACACAUCCUAGAAGUGUUCUUAAUGUAAUAGGAGUCGCACCCGGAGCUUCCAUCAGCGCUCCUAUUGGUUUACAUUUUAGUAAAGGAGUUGGACAAUCUAGACAGACGUCAGUCGUUCUCAAUCUACCUUGCGUAACCAACAUUCCGAUGUACUUUUGUACUCCCAACUCGAGUGAAGGCUGUUCUACCGUAUCGUCAGGAACUGAAGGCCAUCAGACCAUCAGAUUUCUCAGUGGUGCAACACAGGAUGUCGUAUCAGGCGGCGAUAGCGUGGCGGUCGUCCAUUUGGAUUUAGAUGGAGGGGAAGAACCGGCUGUGACAACGGACGUGAUGUUUAGCGGGAGUUCUCUUUGCAACUCUCACGGAAGUCCCCUGGGAUUCGUGGACAAGAGUGAUCACGAAUCGGAUCAUUCUCACGCAAGAAAAUGAAUUUUUUUAAACUAUCAUAUUUAGCGUUGACUUUCACAUUUCAGAUAUACGUAUUCCAUUCCUUGUAUUUUGCAUACUUUAUAUUAAAUAUCUUUGCACUUUGACAAGCGCUAAGGCUGUUGUUAAAAGUAGAACGCUGGAUGAAAGAGAUGACUCCGCCCAACUUCUUGUAUGCAUUUGUGAAGGCGUGCACCAUGAAUUCAAAAACAAUUGAUUCAAUUCUUUAUAGACGGACUGUGCUUCUUUUGGACAGUUGACUGUGUAUCUUUGGGUGCAGUUCACGUGAGCAGUCAACGACCUGUUAAAAAUAAAUAAAACAUUUAUUUUAGACUUACAGA